CCAUUGCAGCUUUUGAUGGAGACAUCUGGUGACUGUAGCAGCCAAUAUGUCAGGGUAACUCCUGGGUUCCUGAAACAUCUGCAAGAUUUAGAGCCCCAAGUGGCAAGAAGACGGUUAUCUCAGGCACGGCACCGGGCUACGCUGGCAGGACUCUUCAACAACCUGCGGGAAACUGUGUUUUCACCGUCAGACAAUUCAGCAUCAAAGUGCCAGGUUUUGCGUAAAGCUAAGAAUUAUAUCCAGGAGCUGGAGCAAACCUUGGGUACCUUGCUGAAGAUGAAAGAGUCCUUCAAUCUGGAGGAUGGGAACCCGUCCAGCUUGGAGGAAGUCAAGGAGGAAUAUGUCAAGAUGUACUUCAGCGAUGUCAGUACUGCGUCCCCUUCAGAUGCCAUGAGUGAGAGUGGCUCUACGGUCUGGUGUUUGAUUCAAGAAUAUGAAAAAAACUCAGUGGAAGAGGAUGGGAAGCCAAGACUUAUCCAGUCCCCAGCCACUUCAUCUCCUGAUCUGUUGGAGUUUGAACGGUACCUAUAUUUUUAUAAACAGACCGUGGACCUGCUGGUUGAGAAUGGGAUUGUGUGCACCGAAGAGGUCACUCUUCCUGUCGUCUCCACAACUGUUUCCCACCUGUGGCAGAAUCUGCCAGAGGAAAGGAGAGACAGUGUCUUGCAGUACUGUAGUCAGAGACAAAAUGUACUCCCAGACCCUAAGGCAGCCUGCACUGAAGGCAGUGUGAGGAACAGCAGAGCUAACAGUCAGGAAGCCAGUGGUUCAUUGGUAUCCACACCCGACGAGAUACUAUUUGAAGAUGCAUUUGAUGUUGCUGCUGGUUUCCUUGACAGAAAUGAGACUCAACAAGCAAUGUCCAGUCCAGGCUCAAUGUUCACAGGCUGCACCUCAGAAAAUCCAGAGGAUAACCACCGGCUCUACUUGCAGAUCACUGGUUUCUUAAAGGGUCUUUUCUUUGCUGACACACAGUUUCCCCAGGAAGAGGCUGUUCAGUUUGACUAUGAGACUGUGAUGCUGCAGUGCACGGAGACCUUUGAUGAUGAAGAUUUGUAA